AUGGAACUUUUAGGCACCAAACCUUGGAGACGGACGGCUCGGGGAGCUGGCUACCUGUUUCACUCUCAGCCGUCAGCCUCUCUUCCUUCGACAGAGGAGCGUUUUCUGGAAGCUGUGGAAAAUGGAAAUCUUCCUGAAGUGAGGCGGCUCCUGAAGGAGCUUCCACUACUCAAUGUCAACUGUGUUAACGACUUGGGUCAGAAUGCACUGCAGCUUGCAGCUGCCAAGGGACAUUUAGAAGUUUGCAAACUUCUUCUUGAGAAGAAAGAACUUGCCAGAAUAGGGGAAGCUUUGCUGUUGGCCAUCAGUAAAGGUUACAUCCGUAUAGUAGAGGCCAUGUUAAGCCACAAGGUCUUUGCAGAUGUUGGGAGGCUGACAAACAGUCUCAGCCAGUUGGAGACACGGGAUGAGGUUUUUUCUUGUGACAACAGUGGCACAUAUUUCUCUCAUGACACCACCCCCCUCAUCCUGGCUUCACAGUGCCACAAGUAUGAAAUAGUGCAUAUACUUCUCACAAAGGGGGUCCGUAUUGAGCGUCCCCAUGACUGCUUCUGUCAGUGCAGGACUUGUUGUGAGCAGCACGGAUGUGAUGCUUUUAGCCACUCAAAGUCUCGAAUCAGUGCGUACAAAGGUCUGGCCAGUCCAGCGUACCUUUGUCUCUCCAGUCCAGACCCCGUGAUGGCAGCUUUGGAGCUGAGCAAGGAGCUCGCAGUCCUGGCAAACACCGAAAAGGAGUUUAAGAACGAGUACGAGAAACUGUCGCUGCAGUGCAAAGACUUUGUGGUGGGACUCCUGGAUCUGUGUCGAAACACACAGGAAGUGGAGGCCGUCUUAAACGGUGACGCCGAGUCCUGGCCUGACUCCGACACCUUGUGCAGACCAAACCUCAUCAGGUUAAAACAUGUAAUAAAAUACGAAGUAAAAAAGUUUGUGGCUCAUCCAAACUGCCAACAGCAGCUGCGCUCCAUCUGGUACGAGAACUUGUCCGGACUACGCCAGCAAACGUUGGCCUUUAAAAUUCUUCUCUUCAUGGGUGUAGCUGCUGGACUGCCUAUCAUGGCUUUUAUUUACUGGGUGGUACCGUCAAGUAAACUGGGCAGACUCAUGUGUGCACCCUUCCUGAAGUUCGUGGCUCACACGGCUUCCUUCAUGAUCUUUCUUUGUCUGCUGGUCCUGAACGCUGCAGACCGCUUCGCAGGAACGUCACUGCUGCCCAACAUGACCGCCCACGACUACCCCACUCAGCUGUUCAGGAUGAAGACCACAUCCUUCACCUGGAUGGAGAUUCUCAUCAUUUCUUGGGUCAUAGGUAAAAUAUGGGAGGAGUGCAAAGUUAUUUGGUCCCAAGACAUCAGAGAAUACAUUUCAGAACCCUGGAAGCUUCUCGACUUCAGUAUUUUGUCCAUUUUCUUGAGUUCCUUCGUUGCCAGAUUAAUGGCUUUCUGGCACGCACGUUCUGCUCAAGGUUACAUUGACGAGCACCAGGCUGACCAGUCCAACUUCACUUUGCCCCUUGAGGUACAAUAUUUCCAGCUGGCGAGAAUUCACUGGACGCCCUCAGACCCGCAGCUCAUUUCCGAGGGCCUCUACGCGAUCGCUGUGGUUCUGAGUUUCUGUCGCGUCGCGUACAUCCUGCCUGCCAGCGAGAGGUUCGGACCUCUGCAGAUCUCCCUGGGCAGAACAGUGAAAGACAUUUUUAAAUUCAUGGUGAUUUUCACAACAGUUUUUGUUGCAUUCAUGGUGGGAAUGUUCAACCUGUACUCGUACUACCUCGGGGCCAAGCACAACGUUGCGUUUACGACAGUGGAAGAAAGUUUCAAAACCUUGUUCUGGGCCAUCUUUGGACUGUCAGGAGUGAAGUCAGUGGUCAUUAACAUCAACCACAAGUUCAUAGAGAACACAGGUUAUGUUCUUUAUGGGGUGUACAACUUCACCAUGGUGAUUGUUUUGCUCAAUAUGCUCAUAGCGAUGUUCAACAGCUCCUUCCAUGAAAUUCAGGAUGAUGCGGAUGUGGAGUGGAAAUUUGCCAGAGCCAAACUGUGGUUCUCUUAUUUCGACCACGGUCGAACGCUGCCGGUGCCCUUUAACCUCGUACCCAGUCCCAAAUCUGUUGUUUCCCUUGUGAUGAGACUGAAGAAACUUCUGUGGGAUGUACCGUCAAGCAAAAGAGAAGCCAACCCAAAUGAUGAGAUGGAACUGAACAAUAAAGUAAUGGCUUGCCUCAUUAAAAGAUUCAUAUUAAAAGCACAGACAGAUCCAGAUAAGGAUGAAGUGAAUGAAGGUGAGCUGAAAGCCAUCAAACAGGACAUCUCCAACCUUCGAUGUGAGCUGCUGGAAAGAGGAGACCAGAGCAUGAAUCCACUGGCUGAGCUCGUCAGAGAGCUGGAUGAGGUUGUUUGUUACGAGCAGGACGAAUCAGUCAGUGUAAUCAACUGA